ACCAUGGUUUCGCAGUCUCCUCUUCCAUUAGUUUCCCAAUGCACCGUCUUCCCCCACCGCAAAUCCACUCUCCCCGAUCUCAAGCUCUCCGUUUCCGACCUCCCUAUGCUCUCCUGCCACUACAUCCAAAAAGGCUGCUUAUUCACACGCCCGCCCAUCCUUUCCUCCCUCCUCGCCUCCCAAUUGACGCGCGCCCUCUCCCACGCUCUCUCCCACUUCCCCCCACUCGCUGGCCGCCUCACCACCGAUUCCCACGGCCAUCUCUACAUUGCUUGCAACGACGCGGGUGCCGAUUUCUCGCACGUUUAUGCUUCCCAUAUACACGUGCGGGAUUUGCUACGCUACGCCGACGAUGUGUCCCCCGAAUUCAAGCGCUUUUUCCCCUGCGAUCUCACCGUCAGCUAUCGCGGCCAUUUCCGCCCGAUUCUCGCGGUUCGCCUCACAGAGUUAGCUGACGGCGUUUUCAUCGCGUGCGCCGUUAAUCACGCCGUCACGGAUGGGACCUCGUUCUGGAAUUUCUUCAAUACCUUCGCGGAGCUCAGCCGCGGUUUUAGGCGGAUUUCUAGGGCGCCGGAAUUCAGCCGCGGCUCGAUUUUUAUAUCUCCCGCGGUGCUGAGGCUGCCGGAGGGCGGGCCGGAGAUCACCUUCUCCAACGACGCGCCUGUGAGGGAGAGGAUUUUCAGAUUCAGCAGGGAAUCGAUUCAGAAGCUUAAAUCCGUCGUCAACAAUGGGAAAUUUGAAGACGGAAUCGACAUCGCCGAGCUGAUGGGGAAGCAGAGCAACGACACGUUGAUAACAGCGGCGAAAUCGGUGGAGAUUUCGUCGUUCCAAUCGCUGUGCGCGCUGCUCUGGCGCGGGAUCACCCGCGCCAGGAAGCUUCCAGGGGGCAAAACGACGACGUUCCGGAUGGCGGUGAACUGCCGCCACCGGGUGGAGCCGAGGCUGGCGCCGCUCUACUUCGGGAACGCAAUCCAGAGCAUUCCGACGCAGGCAGCGGCGGAGGAGGUCCUCGGGCGAGGCCUCAGGUGGUGCGCGGAGCAGCUGAACCGGAAUGUGGUGGCGCACGACGGCGACGCGGUGAGAAAAUAUGUCGAGAGGUGGGAGCGGGACCCGCGGUGCUUCCCGCUGGGGAAUUUUGACGGGGCGAUGAUCACAAUGGGCAGCUCGCCCCGGUUCCCCAUGUACGAUAAUGAUUUCGGAUGGGGCCGGCCAGUUGCUGUGCGCAGCGGCCGCGCCAAUAAAUUUGAUGGGAAGAUCUCGGCCUUUCCGGGCCGAGAGGGCAACGGAGUUGUGGAUUUGGAGGUGGUUUUGGCUCCGGACACCAUGGCGGCCUUGCUAUCCGACCCGGAAUUCAUGCAAUAUGUAUCGGCUUAUUAGUAAACAUAUUAUUAG